UGUGACUCACUGUUUCUCAGUGCACCAACGGCAGUCGGUGUUGUGACUCUUGUCACUUGUGGCAGAAGGGUUUCGUCGCCGGCCGGCUUUUUCAAGGUGUUUUGUCGCUCGUCCGUCAAGGUGCGGAGGCAAAAUGGCGCCGUAGCGGAGCCGGAGACGGAGCUUCCACCGCCCGGCCUGCCCUUCAGGCCGCACAUCUACAUGUUUGUUUUAUUCCAUUCCCCGGGCCGUUGUCACCCAUGGCCCAUAGGCAUAGUCACACAGCUGUAGGGGGGGAAAUGCAGCUUCGAAGGGGCUCAAGUGGUGGAGGAGAGAGGCUUAAGUUAAUCUCGAAGCAGUGUGUCCGUCAGUCGUCGAAUUAGAGCUCAGUACUUGAUGAUCAUUCAAUUGAUGGAUGUCGACUGAUUUCCACGAACCCUUGGCUGUGUGCGAGAAAACCGCAGCAGCUGUCAUGAUUUGCAUCCUCCCGUCUCCCAGGCGACGAGCAGUGGUUGCGGUCUGGAAAGGGGGGCUUUUGCUAAGCAGGCCAAGCUGACACUGAUGGCGCUUUGGGACGAGCGCCAGGCAUACAAGGAGCUCCUUUACUGGGACAGCCUGAUAAAGCACGGGCAGAGCCUUCACCCGCAGGACCUCCAUAGGUACGAGGAACUGCUCCACUGGUACGAGUGCCUCUACCACGCAGAGCAUCGGGGGCUUAACCUGCAGUACAUCACUACUGUGCAGGAGUCUGAGGAGGGUCCCUCCCAAUCUGUCAUGCCCCCUCCUUUCCGCCAGCGACCCAUGCGGAUCUUCAUCAAUGAUGAUCGCCAUGUGAUGGCGAAACACUCAGCUGUGUACCCCACUCAGGAGGAACUUGAGGCUGUGCAGAGCAUGGUGUCCCACGUAGAGCGUGCUCUCAAGGCAGUCUCCGAUUGGUUGGAUGAGCAGGAGAGGGAGAGCGAGAGAGACAGUGAGCCAAAGCCCUGUGAGCAGAUAACGCGGACUCUGCGUGGUGUAAUGAGGGUAGGCUUGGUUGCCAAGGGACUCCUUCUGAAGGGGGACCUGGACCUGGAGCUGGUGCUUCUGUGCAAAGACAAGCCCACGAUCUCCCUGCUGAAGAAGGUGGCAGAGAACCUCACAGUGCAGCUAUCAGCAAUCACAGAUGACAAGUACGAUGUCAGCCAUUCUGCCCGUGACGCCGCCAUCGUUGUAAAGAGCACAAAGGAGCUGGUGCUGAAGCUCACAAUCUACCUAACUUCGCCAGCCGUGCGAGAGGAGGCUGAUGGGACAGUGGCCAGAGAAACGCUAUCAGGCAACGAUCCCCCGGAUGCUCUGGACAGGCAGAAAUGCCUUACUGCCUUGGCGUCUCUCCGCCACGCCAAGUGGUUCCAGGCUAGGGCCAACGGGUUGAAGUCCUGUGUCAUUGUUAUCCGUAUUCUGAGAGACUUGUGUUGCCGGGUCCCCACCUGGACUCCGCUGCGAUCAUGGCCCUUGGAGCUGCUUUGUGAGAAGGCCAUUGGAACUGGAAACCGGCCAAUGGGGGCUGGAGAAGCUUUUCGACGGGUACUAGAAUGUCUGGCAUCUGGAAUCCUCAUGGCAGAUGGUCCGGGCAUCUUUGAUCCAUGUGAGAAGGAGCCCACAGAUGCAAUCGGUCACCUAAACCGCCAGCAGCGGGAGGACAUCACGCAAAGUGCACAGCAUGCAUUGAGGCUGGCUGCAUUUGGGCAGCUUCACAAAGUCCUAGGAAUGGACCCCCUUCCUUCCAAGAUGCCAAGGAAGGCCAGGAGUGAAACCCCUAUUGACUACAUAGUUCAGAUUCCCCCUAGCUUGGCCUGUGUCUGUCCGAUGAAGAGGACUAUUGAGGAAGAUGAGGGGGGGGAUGAAAAAUGCCCAAACAAGAAGAAAAAGAAGCUCCAGAAGAAAUCUUCUGAUGAGAAGUCUGAACCACCACAGGCCAUGAAUGCUCUGAUGCGACUAAACCAGUUGAAACCAGGUCUACAGUACAAGCUGGUUUCUCAGACGGGACCUGUGCAUGUGCCUGUAUUCACCAUGGCUGUAGAGGUCAAUGGCAAGAACUAUGAAGCCUCAGGGCCAUCAAAACGAACGGCUAAGCUGCACGUUGCUGUCAAGGUCCUACAAGAUAUGGGGCUGCCCACAGGUGUGGAGGUGAAGACAGCUGAAACAAAGAAUGAAGAGGGGACUGGAGAUGUAGAGACAAACCCCCAGCCCACAGCUUCUGGGGCAGCUGACAUGCCAUUGGGCAGCACCAGUAAAUGUGAAACAUCAGAUAGUUCUGAGGGCUCCAGGCAGCAAGGCCCCAUCCUGACCAAGCACGGCAAGAACCCUGUUAUGGAGCUGAAUGAGAAGCAACGUGGCUUGAAGUAUGAACUCAUCUCUGAGACAGGGGGCAGCCAUGACAAGCGCUUUGUCAUGGAGGUGGAGAUCAACGGGCAGAAGUUCCAAGGCACUGGCUCCAACAAGAAAGUAGCCAAAGCCUAUGCAGCUCUUGCUGCUUUGGAGCAACUCUUCCCUGAUGGUGCCAGUGCAGAUGCAGCCAAGAAAAAGAAACCACCUCCCAUGCACAAUCUGGGAUAUGGCAUGAUGGGCGGACCUCCACCAGAUCCAACAGGCAACCCUAGAGGCAGAGGGAGAGGAAGUCGUGGCAGGGGCAGGGGUCGAGGUUUCGCUAAUACAGGUGGCUAUAAUAAAGGAGGUUAUGGAACAUAUGGCUAUGGGAAUAGUGCCAACACUGGAUAUAGUUACUACAACAAUGGAAGUGGAGCAAAUGAUGGUGAGUCCUCUGGGACCAUGGGCUCCCUAGGCAACUCGUCAGGUGGAAGCAGCACUGGUGGAUGUGGCUCCUUCCAGAGCGAUGAUGGUUUUUCCACCACCCCACAUCCACCUGCUAAAAACAUCAACAAGAAGCCUCUUCACCAAGGAGGCAAGCAGCCCUACACAGGGGCAAUGGGAACGGCUGGUGCUGCAGCAGGGGGUUACCAGGCCACCUCUACCCCAGGACAAGGUGCCUAUAGUUCGUACAGCCAAGGCUUUGGCCAGGGCAAGAAGAGCUUCAGCCAACACCAAGGAGGUGGGGGCUACCCCAGUUAUAGCACAGCCUACCCCAGUCAGGUGACAGGGGGAGGGACCAACCAGGAAUAUAGCUAUGAAGGAUACAGCAGUCAGUCAAACUUUGUGACACAAGGCAGUUCUGGUCAGAAUUAUGGGGGAAGUCAGGGUUCCUUCCACAGCCCUGUAGGAUAUGGGAGGGGUGAGUCUGGCAUGAACUACCAGUACAGAUAGACCCUGCAAGACAUUGAGCCCUCUGCUGCCAUGACUUUUUCCAUCCCAGUUUCAAAAGCCUAAAUGGCUUGCUUGUGCUAUUUGUUCUCUUCCAUUUAGUAGAAAGGCAGAGCCUUUCAAAACACAGCAUUUAAAAGCUCCAUGCAAAGUUUGCAUAGCACUGUUCUGUUGAAAUUCAAGUUUUUAUGCUGCAGUUACUGUUACAGAUGCAUUUAAGUCCACCUACUGUAAUGAGGCUGUAAAGCACAUGUAAAUUGUUUUGGUAAUUGUCAAUCAGUCCUACAGUUAAUUUCCAUUUCUGACAAAGUAACACCAUUUGUAAUAUCAAUGUUGGGCAUGCUCAUAUCAGCACGUACAUACAUUACAAUAUAAAAUUUAAAUCUGCAGGAUGAUGGCCAGAAUCCCAUAAAACACUUGACAGAUCAGUGGUGAUAGUGUUGACUAUGUUAGUUAAAUCUUUCCUAGUUCUAAGUUUUAAAAAAAGGAUUUUGUGAUUUCCUUUUUACAUGACCCUCCUAUAUAGGCUGAUUUUGCUUGUGUGGAUGCCUUACGGUUGAAAACUUUCCCCACUAACUUCUUUUGCAAUGUUUUAACAUUUGAGUUAUUUUAUUAUAUAUGAUUGUUUGUUUGACAUUUAAGCCAGUCAUCCUUAAGGA